CAGUCACGUUGACGACCACCACCCAGCAUUGUCCCUUCUGCUCGCUCUGCCACUCGCCGCCGAAUAUCUUUGUUUCUGUCUGCUCUGCUUGCUUACGUUCACGACUACGAUACAUCUACCACAUAAUAUCCAGAACCCACGCCGCUCGUGUACAACACUCCCUCAGCCCUAGAUGUCAGCGCCGCCCCGGAGACCAGACGUCAAGAAGAAGUUGGUCGUGGUUGGAGACGGAGGAUGCGGCAAGACGUGUCUGCUCAUUGUCUACGCGGAGAACCGCUUUCCCGAGGCUUACAUCCCCACCGUGUUUGAGAACUAUGUGACGCAGGUGCCGUACGAGGGCAAGCUCGUCGAGCUUGCGUUGUGGGAUACGGCGGGCCAGGAAGAAUAUGAUCGAUUGCGACCACUUAGCUACCCCGAAAGCGACGUGAUCCUGAUCGUUUUCUCAAUAGACUUCCCCGUCAGCCUUGCAAACGUGCAGGACAAGUGGUAUCCUGAAGUUGCACACUUUUGCGAGGGCACACCGCUCAUCCUCGUCGGCACGAAAAUCGACCUGCGACGCGACGAUCAGACGCGGCGGAUGCUGAGCGCGCAGGGCCAGACGCCGGUCACGUCCGAGCAGGGGAUGGCCGUGGCGAAGGAGAUCGGCGCAAAGUACCUCGAGUGCUCCGCAAAGACGGGCGUCGGCGUCCAGGAAGUGUUCAACGCCGCGCUGAAGGAGAGCAUGCGCGGGAAGUGGGUCAAGCGCGUGCGGAAUCAGCGGUGCGUGGUGCUAUGAUGGGCGCGGUGCUUAGGUUUGGCUUGGUAUAAUAUACGUCACUAUCGCCGGCACGCAGCAACACAUCAAGCAUCCGACAUGUCAACUCAACUCUUGUAUCGUUCGGGUUUGGAUUGGGACGCCAUGCGCCGCGCGGCGGUGACAAAUGUGUACACCAGGAAGAGGAAGGCAGCGAGCACCGCGGCUGCUGUGCCGGUUUCGACGUACGGGAGGUGGUUCGGGUUCGCUACUGGGAUGCGCAGGGUCUCUGCUCGGGGUGUGUUGGGCGCGUCGAGGGACGGGUGUAUAGGGAUUAUGGACGCUGCAGUGUAAGAGUCUUUCAUGGACGAGUCAGUGCUAUCGUGUGUAACUGCGAUUAUCCGGCGAAUAAGUACAGAAAUUCCUCGGACGAAGGGGGUG